UGAAUGAAGCUUGUUGAUGAUGGGGAAGGACGCAGCAAAAGCAGCUCUGCUCUUCAUUCAGAAACAAAGGUGCUUCUGGAGUCACAGAACUGGAAGGGCCCCCCAAAGGCCAUCCAGUCCGACCCACUUCUUCCAGGACCUCCUGUAGCACAUUUUGCAAGAGUUUUCCAAUGAAUACCUGAUCGAGUCUCAACCAAUUCAACAUAGUUUGUGGCAGACACAAAAAUGAACUUUCUGGAGUAGAACAACUACUUUCAAAGACGCCAACAUGGGGCUCCGUGGGCCGUGGGCCCUGCUCCCUCCGCUGCUGCUCCUGCUGGCCUUGGGACCCCCCAACACGGCCCAGGGCUGCCCCCCUGAGUGCCAGUGCAGCCAACCCCGGACUGUCUUCUGCGUCUCUGGCCGGAGCCAGUCGGUGCCGCAGGGGCUCCCUCCGGAGACGUCCAGCCUGUACCUCUUUGAGAACGGCAUCCGCACCUUGAGCCCAGAGAGCUUUGGGGGGCUUCCGCCGGCCCUGCAGCUGCUGGACCUCUCUCAGAACCAGGUGGGGGCAUUGCCCCGGGGUCUCUUUGGCCCACUGCCUGCCCUCCGCAACCUGGACCUAUCCGGCAACCGCCUCCAGGAGGUGACCAACGAGAGCUUCCAUGGCCUGCGCCUCCUGGAGCGCCUCUAUCUGGACAGGAACCGCAUCCGGAGUGUCCAGGAGGGAGCCCUGGACGCCCUGGAGACCCUCCUGGAGCUAAAGCUGCAGGACAACCGCCUGCAGGCCUGGCCCCCCUUGCGCCUGCCAGCCCUCUUGCUGCUGGACCUCAGCCACAACCCGCUGACCGCUGCCCUGGAGCCCCAUGUGCUGCGAGGGGUGCCCAAUCUGGAGUCCCUGAAGGCGGCUGGACUGGGCCUGGAGCGGCUGGACGAGGGGCUGCUGCGCGGCCUGGGCAGUCUCCACGAGCUGGACCUCUCCCAUAACCUCCUGGACGCAGUGCCCUCGGAGGCCUUGCGGGAGUUGCCCGCUCUGACCAAGCUCAGCCUUGCUGGCAACGUCCGCAUCGCCCAGCUGCGGCCGGAGGACUUCCGGGAUCUGGGCGGCCUCCAGGAGCUGGACCUCAGCGACCUGCGCUUGACUGCCUUGACCCCGGAACUGUUGGGUGCCUUCCCGCGGCUCACGGCCCUGGCGGCUGCCCAGAACCCCUUCAACUGCCUUUGCCCCAUGGCUUGGCUGGCGGCCUGGCUGGACGAGGGCAAGGUCUCACUGAGGCGGCCGGAGGAGACCCGCUGCCACUUCCCCCCGAAGAACGCCGGCCGGACCCUCCUGGAGAUGCGGUAUGUGGACUUUGGUUGCCCCACAACAACAACAACGACAACAACAACAACCACGACGCAGAGGGCUACUACGGCUGAACCAGAACCGGCCACAAGCAGCUUUGCCUCACUAGCAUCCAGCACAUUGAGCGCAAACAGCGGCCCCUUUCCCACGCUUUCACCCUUCCCGGAAGCCCCGCUUUGCCCCCUGGGGACGUGUCUCAAUGGCGGCACUUGCCACCUGGGCACCGGGCACCACCUGGAGUGCCUCUGCUUGCCGGGCUUCGCUGGUUUGUUUUGCGAGAGUGAGGUCCGAGUGACAACAACGGCGGCGGCGUCCACUCCCACAAAUCCCUCGCAGAUGGCGGUGAAGGCCCUGCCGGGAGGCACCUCCCUUAAUCUGGACCUGCAAAGCUAUGUCCGGACCAAGCCCUGGCUCAAGGGCCUGCGCCUGACCUACUGGAGCCUCUCCGGCCCAGAGAGGCGGCCCCUGACCCUGAAGUUGCCGGCCUCUCUGCCGGACUACACCCUGCGGGCCCUGCAGCCCAACGCCUCCUACCAGCUCUGCCUGGGGCCCCUGGGGGACAGGGAGGAGCAGGAGGAGCCGCUCUGUGCCCAGGCCCGGACCCUGCCCCUCACCAGGAAGCAGCCGCAGCAGCAAGGGGGCCCGUCUGAGGGGCAGCCCCCCCUCGAUCUGGCCGUAGCCGUCGUCCCGGCCGCGACCGCAGUCCUGCUCUUGGUGUCCGGGGUGGCGGGCGUCUCCUUCUGUGUCCGGAGGAGGAGGAAGCAGCAGCAGCGGAGGAGGCCCUCGGGCAAAGAAGGCGGCCAGGCCACUCUCGGGCCCUUGGAGAUGGAGGGGGUCCAGGCCGGGCCAAUGAAAGCCCUCUCCACAAACGGUGUGGACCAUCAAGCACCCCUCAUGCCAGGGAGCGGGGCUACACCAACGUCCCAGAGGCCCCAGAGGCCUUCCUACUUUUAGGAGUCCUACUUUGAACUCGGUGCUCCAUGCAGUCAUGCCAAUGGCCACAUGACCUUGGAGGUGUCUACGGACAACGCCGGCUCUUGGGCUUAGAAAUGGAGAUGAGCACCAACCCCCAGAGUCGGUCACGACUGGACUUAACGUCAGAGGAAAAUCUUUACCUACUUUGAACUCAGGCCAAGCCCUGCCCCAGAGAGGCCCCUCUGCAAAGGCAGCAAGGCAAGAGGAGACCCUUCCUGCCCUGCCCUGGUCUCUUAAAGGGAAGAUGAAGGAAUGGGGGUCUCUUUUAUUGGGGGGGGGGGAUGGAGAAGAAGGACGAAGAGGGUGAUGAUGAAGAAGCCCAGCCCCAUGGCUGCCCUCAAAGGGAAGGAAAGCUUUACGGACUUUGAGAGCAUAUUUAUAAAACACAGGAUUAUUUCCCAUUUCUUCUGGGAAAGCAUUUUUUUUUUGUUCUAAUACAGAGGUACUUUGUUUUGUAAAGCCAGGCUAUAAAUGCUGCCCUUUUUUGUACAAAAAUAAAAUGUUUGUACUGUA